ACCAAUGACUAAGGAUUUGUCUCUUAAUGCUCUUCAGGCAAAUGGAAUUAGGUGGUGCGCUCACUAGACUGAUAAAAAUGAACUGAGAGAAGCUGGGAGGCGUUUGUGUGGUGUUUCUCUAAAUCCUCGGCUCCUCUCGCACAACUCCUUACUGCAGUAGCGCUGUCGCCUCAGGGAUCCGUACAUAAAGAGAGGGAGAGAAAGAAUCGGAACAUUUGAUCUGCACCACCUGCCACAGGAAGAGGGGCCGUCAGGAAUCUCUCAGCAUGACUGGGAAGCCCGUGCUUCACUACUUCAAUGGAAGAGGAAGAAUGGAGUCCGUCCGGUGGCUCUUGGCAGCCGCUGGAGUGGAGUUUGAAGAAAAACUUUUUGAAAACCAUGAAGAAUUUGAGAAGUUAAUCCAAGGUGGAACCCUGAUGUAUGAACAAGUGCCCAUGGUUGAAAUCGACGGAAUGAAUUUGGUGCAAACAAGAGCCAUCUUAAGAUACAUAGCUGCGAAGUACGGCUUGUAUGGAAGAAGCCUGGAAGAACAGGCCUGGAUUGAUAUGUAUGUGGAAGGCCUGAGGGACCUGAGUGACAUGAUCAUGUUCUUUCCCCUCUCUCUGCCGGAGGAGAAGGAGAUGAAUCUUGAAUACAUCCUCCAUCGAGCCACGACAAGAUUCUUUCCUGCUUAUGAGAAGGCCCUAAGAGACAACAAGCAACAUUUUCUUGUGGGCAAUCGGCUGAGCUGGGCUGAUGUGCAACUCCUUGAAGUUAUCUUAAUGGUUGAAGAAUGCAAGGCUGGUGUUCUCUCAGGCUUCCCUCUGCUACAGGACUUCAAGGUCAGAACCAGCCAAAUCCCUACAAUUAAGAGAUUUCUCCAACCUGGAAGCCAGAGGAAGCCUCCAUUGGAUGAUGAGUCCAUUGGAACUGUGAAGGACAUAUUCAAAUUUGAACAAGGCAUGUUUCUUAAAAACAUGAGCACUAUAGUAGCUGAGUAUUAACAGACACAGACGCCCAUGGAAGUCAUGUACUGUUCUUGUAUCAAUGACCAGGAAAACAUUCUGGUGCUGUGUCUGUAAAGAGAUGAUAAAUGUGUAAGGAAAUAAACUACUGGAAACUUAUCAAU